AAACUCCUUGUGCCCUUCUUCCUGGUGUGCGCAUGUAAGGGCGGACGUGACAUCACACCAUGCUUCUUCCUGCUUCAGCGUGUCCUGCUGCCCUCAGUCUCCCAACAACUGGAGAAACUUUGGCAAGCACAAUAGAUCAUCUCCACUUCCAGUAAUCCUCUGCCAAGGAACCUCCAUUCCCCCAGGGUCUCACCCUAAGGUAGUCCCCAGUACGGCCUUCAGACUCCUAGGAGUCUGGAUCUCUGGAUCUACAUCCUCUUCACUACCACGUCUUGAGGAGGAGCGGGAGUUGUUGUGCUGCCUGUAGGACGUAAUGGAAAGUCAAGUCAAAGUCCAGGUACACGUCAUGGCAGGUAUUACCCUCCUGCUGCACGUGCAGCUUGGAUCUUCCUUUAAACUGGUGUGCUACUUCACCAACUGGGCUCAGUACUACCCUGGAGUUGCCCAAUACAUGCCAGAUGAUGUAGAUCCUUGUAUGUGCACUCAUCUGAUCUACGCUUUUGCUACAAUGACAAACAACGAAAUCGCAAUUUUUGAACCAAACGAUCCAGCAUUCUAUGCCUCCUUCAAUGCACUGAAAAACUACAACAGUGAAUUGAAAACUCUCUUGUCAGUUGGAGGCUGGAACUAUGGGACUUCAGGGUUCAACAAUAUGGUUUCCAGUCCCCAAAAUCGUCAAACAUUUAUUAAUUCUGUCAUUACAUUUCUGAGAAAGUAUGGAUUUGAUGGACUGGAUAUUGACUGGGAGUAUCCAGGAGAUUCAGACAGAGGAAGUCCUCCAGAAACCAAAGAGCAAUACUCUAUCCUCCUGCAGGAAAUGUAUAAUGCAUUUGUGCAGGAAGCUAGUCAGAGCAACCUACCCCGGCUUCUCAUCUCUGCUGCAGUGUCCGCUGGCAUGCCCACAAUAGAAGCUGGAUACCAGAUCCCACAACUCUCUCAGUAUUUGGACCUUAUCAAUGUAAUGACCUAUGAUCUCCGAGGAUCAUGGGAAGGGUUCACAGGUGAGGAUAGUCCUUUGUACCAGGGUCCGGCUGAUCAAGGUGGAUAUAUCUAUUUCAAUGUGGACUAUGCCAUGAACUACUGGAAGAACAAUGGUGCUGCACCAGAGAAGCUGAUGGUUGGGUUCCCAGCUUAUGGCAGAACAUUUACUCUUAGUGAUCCUUCUAACAAUGGUCUUGGUGCCCCAACUUCUGGUGGAGGUCCUGCCGCCCCAUACACUCAGGAAUCUGGAUUUAUGGCAUACUUUGAGAUUUGCAACUUUUUGAAACAAGGAGCAACAGUGGUUUGGAACAGCCCACAAGCUGUGCCUUAUGCUUACAAAGGAAGUGAAUGGAUUGGAUAUGACAAUGAGAAGAGUUUCCAGAUCAAAGCUGAAUGGCUGAUGAAGAACAACUUUGGUGGUGCUAUGGUUUGGGCACUUCCCUUGGAUGAUUUCAGUGGACAUUUCUGUGGUCAAGGAAAUUAUCCACUAAUGAACACACUAAAGUCUACUUUGGGAAUUUCAUUUCCAAGUGCUGCAAAUGUAUGACAGAAACUCGUAGAACACAGCCUUGUGCCUCUGAGGAAGCUGAUUCAUUCAGCGAAGCGCAUUAGGUGGAGGUGACAUCACAUUGGAUCAUAGACAGAACCAUGAGGGGAAUAUACACACUGGCAAGAUUCCUCUCUGGAUGGAAUUGGGACUCUGCAUUUUUAUAUAACUAUAUGUGACUGGCCUCAAGCGAUGUAAUGUGAGUGCAUUAAAGCUUUUAAAAUCACUGAUUAUAUUAGAGUAUGUAUAUGGUAGGGACCUUAGAUUGUAAGCUCCAGUGGGUCAGGGACUGAUGCGAAUGAUGUAUAAUCUCUGUAAAGCACUGUGUAUUAUGCAGAUGCUUUUUCACCAUAAGUUAACAUGGGUCACCAUACUACCAAGUAAGCAAGGCCCUACCACAGGGGGCCUCAGGUAUUAGCCCAUUGGUCAA